AUGCCAAGCGAAUUUACUGAAAAAAAAUAUAUUGAAAAUACAAAGAAAAGAAAAAAACGAGAGCAUGAAAAUGACGCAGAAAAAGAAAAUGUGAUAAAAAAUAUAAAAGAAGUAGAAAUUGAAAACGUGAUGAAGGAAAUAGAAAAUGAAAAAGAGUUAAAAAUUGAAAAUAGUAUAAAGAAAGUAGAACAAGAACCUCCAAAAGCCAAAGCAAAAAAAGUCAAAUACCCAAUCGAAGAUUUGGAAGUACCUCCUGAUAUCAAAUCUAUGUUUAUGAAAAAACCUUCAUUGAGACAAAAAUUUAAUAUCCCCCAAGAAUGUGUAGGAACCAUGCUAACAAUUUGGAAUUUUUUUACGAUAUUUGGGAAGUCGCUUUUCUUGUCAUUUUUUAAUCUUGAUGAUUUUGAAUUGUCACUUUGUCAUAAUGUGGCAAGUCCCCGGUGUAGUUUAGUUGUCGAGAUACACGUUGCAUUAUUAAAUACUAUUAUUAGAGAUAGGUGGCUUUUAAAAGGCAAAAAACGACAAAUCAUUUCCCGUAAAGCCAUUGUUAGAACUAAUAGUAUUACUAAUAGUAUUGAAGAAGAAGAUAGUGAUAGUGAAGAUGAUACAUAUUCAUCUCGUGAAAUAUUAAAAAAAUUAGAACAAAAGUGGGAUAAAAAACUUAUUUCUCUUAAUGAUGGUCGGAAAGGUUGGAUCUGUGUUCUUAUCGGGUGCAUUCAACAGUUAAGCGUGUAUGAAUCUAUGCCGAAUUUGGAUCACAUACUUUUACACUUGGUAUCAAAUAAAACUCUUUCUGAAAAAGAUUUUGAAGAAAAAUUUGCGAUUCUUAAAGUACAAGACAAAUUGCAAAUUCUGAGCUUUUUAGUCAACAUUACAGCAAAGACUUCAGUCAUUCAUAGUCAAAUUGAGAACUGCGUUGAAAAAUUAACAGAGCUUAAUAAAGAAAAGAAUGACAAUUCUAUAACUUUGGAUUUAAUAUGUCAUUAUAGUUCAUCUUCUCUAACAGAGAUUUCAAAAGGCAACAUUCCAUCCGCAUCAAGUUUUGAAGCCGCCAAUAUUAAUGGAAUCACUCCGGAUAAUAUUACAGCAAAUGAUUUGACUGCCCAAAAACACAAGCUGGAGGAAGAACAAGCCGAGAUACAACAAAGAGCAAUUAUAAUUUAUUUAAAUUCAAUAUGUGCUUUAUAUAAUUUUGAACUAUUAAUCGAAGAAAAUUAUGGUACGGGAAGAAUUUUUGUUGAAAUGCCUAGUGCUCAUGAUUUGGAGGUAAUGAAUGAGAAAGAAGAACAACGAUUUAGUAAAAGAAGAAAAGUUGAGGAAAGUGACAGUAAUUUAAGCUCCAAUGAACAAGCACAAUGGGGAUACUAUGAAGAAGCAAGCCAGAUCGAUGAGCUGCAACGAUGGCUUAAUACCAAGGGAUUACGGGAAUCAGCUUUAAAUAAUGAAUUGACAGCAUAUCACCAAGAUAUUACUUGGGGCAUGAUUAAGCGGCAAGAGGAUCUAGCUUCUUCACGCACAGAACAAGAUUUACGAAGAAGUAGGCGUACUAAA